AUGGUUUCUAUUGUUGAAAAUAUUGAAUGGGAAGGAGACAAUGUGCUGAAUGUUAUGAAACAUGUUGGUCGUUUACGUGUUGUAUCAAAAUAUACCAAAAGAGUGUUUACACUUGUUGCAAUACAAAUAUCAAUAGCAUUUGUUGUCAUAAUGCUUUUUUCAAUGCCUUGGAUAGAAUGUCUAAGAAACACGCAACAUAUACCGUACAUUUUUGCUGGUAUAUUUUUUUCGAUUGCAUUUGUGAUACUACUAUUAGUUGUUCUCGUGAAGAAUAUAAGUGAGAAAUAUCCACCGAAUGUCAUGUUUGUAAUUAUUUAUUCUAUUUCCAUGGCAAUAGCAGUAGCAGUUUGGAAUUUACAAUUAAGUAUUCAUUGCAAACUUGCAGUCUUUGGAAUCAGUUUAGUGUUGUUCACAUCUUUAUCACUGAUUGGUGCAGCGAUUAAAACAAAAUUGGUUGAUCAAUCAAUUCGUAUUCUAAUAUCCUUUUUCGUUAUAUCUAUUGUAAUUUUGGUAGUCGGGUUUUUGCUCAGUCUUUGGCAGUACAAGAUUUCAACGAUCGGUGCCUACAUAGGUGCACAAAUACUAUUGUUCAUUAUAACAAUAUUUAUGAGUCAUUUUACUGUUGGCAAAUCAAGAUAUCUUAUUUUCUAUCCAAAUUAUUCACUGGCAGCUAUCACAUUGUAUACCGUAUUCCUUUCAAAUUUAACAAUCAAUACUAAUAUAUUAAACGUCGACAAUAAGACUGUAAAUUGUACUAUCCAGUUUAAAUUACCGAAAAAUUUCAUUAGUGUUUAA